CGCUCAACAGGCUCCUUCCUUCCCAUUCGGCAAACAGAAUGAUCCUUCACACAAGUCUCAGCAACCGGGAGGAUUGGGAGAUUCCAUUUUUAGCCCAAAGAGUCCGACUGCUGGUUUUCAUGGUGGCUUACCUGGACAAUCGGCUUCCAGCGAGACAGGACAUCCUUUGUCAACGUCGUCAAGAACGCUUGACACCACACAUGCAUCCACCACCACUAGUCAUCCGGAGAAACCUUCCGGCACAACGACCAAGAAAGCGAAUAAACUCUUACGCGAGAACAUUAAGGGGAUCACCAAACCGGAUAUUCGACGUCUCGCACGUCGUGGAGGCGUGAAGCGAAUUUCAGCAGCAAUAUACGAUCACGCAAGAGCUGCUUUAAAAGACUUCCUAACCGACACUCUUCGAGAUGUCGUUUCCUAUCUUGAAUACGAGAGGAAAAAGACCAUUGGAGUCAUGGAGGUUCUGUUGGCAUUGAAACGUCGAGGAAAGACGCUUUAUGGCUUCGAGGGUGUGCGCACGCGUAAAGCAAAAAGCUAA